GGCAACCGAAGUGCCCGGAUGUUGAUUAAGAAAAUGGCUUCUGGAACUGCACUACACUGAAAACAUUUGGAAAUUUAUGACAAUGAGUCUACGAUGCGAUGCAUUGCGGACUCGAUGAUAUCACCGUUAGACAUAAAAAACACACGCGCUACUUAAGUGACUAAAAGGCGCAUCCUGCUGUAGACAGACAAUUAAUUCAGUAGCAGUUCAAAACGACAAACAUGGCUUUAGAUAGAGCUAAGCAUGCUGAGACUCCACUCCUCAGCUGUAGUAAAACCCGGGGUCUACCAGGCCUCCCACCUUUACCAAGAUCUGCACAGAGGGAGAGGUCUGAACUGUACCAGGUGGUGUUGAAAAACAGUGAACAUCCUCCAAUUAUGAAGGGGACCUCAUGGACUCUGGCUGCUCCAUUUAAAGAGGAGAAACAUUACCGGACUCCCAGUGAGUCCAUUGCUAACAACUACACUCCUACAGCCAGUGACCUCAAGAUGAGAGAAUUACUCAAGAGAAAACCUCCACACAGAGUAGAAGGCUCUGUCAAGUCUCCUCGCAGACGUGCCCAACAGGUGUCACCACGUGAUGGUGUACAGAAUGGGAUUCAGAUUUCACCAAGGUCUGGAAAACAGAAGAAAACUAAAGAAAGAGAAGAAAAUGGGCAUACCAAUGGUGUGGCAGAGGAGCCAUGUGGAAGUCGUCCCAUUACGCCAGUGGAACAGCUCAAUAUUAUGAAGAAUAUAGAGGAUGAAAUGCGGCAGGUUAUUGGAGAACCUUCAGAUAGAGACAUGGAGCGUUAUUAUUAUUACAUCAACAAAGGCAUUCAGAAGAGCAUGCUGGCUCCCCAGCCUCCAGAACAGAUGAAGAAUGUCCACAAACUGAUUCCAGAUGCCAUCUUGUCCAAGCCUGAGCUGGAUGGAAUGGUGAAAGACCUUCAUGAGGAGGUCACAGGAGACUAUGAGCUGAGUCUCAGGAAGUGUAUUGUGGACUACAUCCUCAAAGAUCCCACAGAGAAGGAGCGUCUUCACAUUGCCUGGGUACCGCGUCCUUUCCCUCAGAGGAUCAUCCGUGCUCCCGUACCCUGGCAUGAUAACUACGCACAAAUGAAGGAGGAGUUGAACACACAUUUGUUUACAACUAACCCUAUCAUGCAGGAGUUACAGAAUCUUUGGUUCAGAAGUUUCAGCCACUUGAGGUUUGUGAAGCUUGAAGAGCUGCUGGCAGCAGAGCUUCCUCUGUUACCCACUGAGUUUGAGUCCCUGGUAAAGAAGCAGUGCUGGGAUGCCCAUGAUAUCCUGACUAAGAGCUGGAUCCCAAGCUGUGCCCAGCUGUUCAGAGAGAGACCUGAACUGUGGGAAUAUCUGGUGCCUGAAGAUGACAAUGAGUCUACAGAGCUGGUGCAGGAAUUCUUUGGCAGCGUGGCUGCACUCAUGUCUCUGCAGCUACGAAGCAUGGUGGUCAACUCUCUGGCAGACUUUCUCAAGUUCUUUGAGAUUCAUGCUGCUGGCAAUGACUUUGAUGGGGAGUUUGAUGAGCUGCAGUUUGUGAUGGCCCAGGUGAUGAUCAUCAAGUUGAGAGUGGAGGAACCCAAGAUUUUGUUUGACCCGCCAUUUAGGGAGUGCAAGGAUAUCAUCCUUAGAUGUUUCUCUGACAUCAUAGCCAGUGGAGAAGGUAUCCCCAGGGUGGAGGUUGAGAUGGCCCCAGAAAUGAGAGGUCAGAAAUUGUUGCUGCGGUCAGUGAAAAUAGAAGAAAGCUUGGUGACAGAUUUUACAGACAGAGCCAUGGAGAUCUUCAGAGUGAACACUCUGGGACCACAGAAGUAUUUGAAUACAUACAAAAAGUACAGUGACCUCCUGAACAACAAGGCAGACCAAGACGUUACUGCGUUCCUCAAAGAAGAACAUUCUAUUCUGGCAUUCAAAAAGAAAAUCCACAGCUACAUUGACCUGUGGAAUGAGAUAGCUCUGUUGAGGAUCACAGUGCCACUGAGUAUGUUCUGUCUGGACUGUGUGGACCUGAACAGAGAGCUGUGUGACCGCUCCAACCGGCUCAAGGACAGACUGGUCAGUUUUGAGGUCAAGGAGAACAAGGAGCUGAAUAAGGGAAUCAUCAGGCAGUAUGAUGAGAUGUCAGAGACACUAAGUGGUAAACUGGAGACUACAGCUGAUGUGGUAGAGCUAACACAUUACCUGCAGAAUUCUACUGAUGUGACAGCCUACAAAUUGAAGGAGGAGGUAGACGAGGCAGGAAACAGACUCAUGUUUUUGUUGGAUUAUGCUAUAUUUGAAGCUGAGGACUUGAAGAUUAACAGCAAAGUGUUCAAGUGGCCCAAGUCAGUGGGUAAAGUGUUUGAGUUGGCCCAGGGACGUAUCUCUAACAGACGGGAACAAGUCGAGGAGGCAGUCAGGGCCAAGACACAGGCCUUUGAACAGAAACUCACUGAGUACAACAAGGAAGUGGAGUCAUUCCGCAAGAAAGAGAUUAUGAGUCCAGAAGAGAUGAAGAACAAUGUGGAGACCCUGACCAAGCUUCAUGACAACCUGGAGGCCGCACGUGAUGAGCUGGAGGCCAUUAAUGAGGAGGAACGCCUGCUGGAGUGGGAACUGAGCACCUUCCCCAUUCUACAGGCCAUGUUCUCAGCCAAGGAACCCUAUGAUAAACUCUGGAAAACUGCCCUCAACUUCCACCAGAAGAAUGACAUUUGGACCAAUGGUCCAUUCCUUGGUCUGAAUGCUGAGGAGAUAGAGAAUGAGAUCAGUGAUAUGUACAGAACAAUGCACCAGUUGACCAAGAAGUUUGCUGACCAGGCAGGACCUAAGAGGAUUGCAGAAGCCAAUAGGAACAAGAUUGACAAGUUCAAGCAGAACCUGCCUAUACUGCACACUAUAUGUAACCCUGGUAUCAAGGACAGACACUGGCAGUUGAUGAGUGAUGCUGUUGGGAUGAACAUCAGACCAGAACCUGAGACCUCUCUUAACCAGAUGUUAGAGUAUGGACUGACCAAACACAUUGAAAAGUUGGAAGAGAUAGGUGGCGCUGCUAGCAAGGAGUACUCCCUGGAGAAAGCUCUGGAGAAGAUGAAGUUUGAAUGGCAAGAUAUGCAGUUUGAGUUUGUGCCCUAUAGAGAUUCUGGUGUGUGUAUCCUGUCAGCAGUGGACGAGGUCCAGAUGUUGCUAGAUGACCACAUUGUCAAGGCUCAAACCAUGCAGGGGUCACCAUUUGUCAAACCAUUUGAGGCAGAGAUGAAAGAAUGGACAGAGAAACUGCUACUUAUGCAGGAUAUUCUGGACUCUUGGCUCAAGUGUCAAGCCACCUGGCUGUACUUGGAGCCUAUCUUCAGCUCUGAGGACAUCAUGGCUCAGAUGCCAGAGGAGGGCAGGAAGUUUGGUAUAGUAGACAGCUACUGGAAGGACAUCAUGACAGAGUCUGUGAAGGAUCCUCACUGUUUGGUGGCCACAGCUCAGAACAACAUGCUGGGGAGACUGAAUGAGUCCAAUGUGCUACUAGAGGAGAUCCAGAAAGGACUGAAUAACUAUUUGGAGAAGAAGAGACUGUUCUUCCCAAGGUUCUUCUUCCUGUCCAAUGAUGAGUUGCUGGAGAUCUUAUCAGAGACCAAGGACCCGACCCGCGUCCAGCCUCACCUGAAGAAGUGCUUUGAAGGCAUCGCCAAGCUGGAGUUUACUGAGGAACAGGAGAUUUUGGGGAUGAUCUCUGCUGAGAAGGAGACAGUGCCUUUUGUCAGUAAAAUCGUACCAGCUAAGGCCAAGGGCAUGGUGGAGAAAUGGCUGAUUCAGGUGGAAGAACAGAUGUUAAAGAGUGUACGUGAUGUGAUCAGCAAGGCAGUCAAGGGUUACCAAGAGACACCAAGGAACAAGUGGGUAUUGGAGUGGCCUGGUCAGGUUGUCAUCUGCACCAGCUCCAUCUACUGGACAUCUGAGGUGACCGCAGCCAUGAAGGAGAAGAAUGGAAUGAAGAAAUACCUAGAUAAGAGUAAUGAGCAGUUGGUUGAGAUAGUAGAGCUGGUGAGAGGGAAGCUGGAUGGGGGUGCCCGUGUCACCCUGGGAGCUCUCACUGUCAUUGAUGUCCAUGCUCGUGAUGUUGUCAGUAGUCUGGCAGAGAAUAACGUCACCAGUGCCAAUGCCUUUGAUUGGUUGAGCCAGCUACGCUACUACUGGGAGAAAGAUGUCAUUGUCAGGAUGAUCACUACAGAUAUUAACUAUGGCUAUGAAUAUCUGGGCAACUCUGCACGUCUUGUCAUCACAGCACUGACAGAUAGGUGUUACAGGACAUUGAUGGGCGCCCUGAAAUUGAAUCUAGGUGGCGCUCCUGAGGGACCUGCUGGUACAGGGAAGACAGAGACCUGCAAGGAUUUGGCUAAGGCUGUGGCUAAACAGUGUGUUGUGUUCAACUGCUCAGAUGGUUUGGACUACAAGGCCAUGGGGAAGUUCUUCAAAGGUCUGGCACAGGCUGGGGCCUGGGCAUGCUUUGAUGAGUUCAACAGAAUAGAGUUAGAAGUGCUGUCUGUAGUUGCUCAACAGAUCCAAUGUAUUCAGCAAGCCAUUGGCAACAGACUGAAGAGGUUCAUCUUUGAAGGCACUGAGCUCACACUGGAUCCCUCCUGCACCAUGUUUAUUACCAUGAACCCUGGAUAUGCAGGGCGCCAGGAACUGCCAGAUAACUUGAAGGUGCUGUUCCGUACUGUGGCUAUGAUGGUACCAGACUAUGGGCUGAUUGGUGAAAUCUCCCUCUACUCUGUAGGAUUUGUAGAUGCUAGGAGCUUGGCUGGAAAGAUUGUUGCUACCUAUCGCUUGUGUUCGGAGCAGCUGUCGUCACAGCAUCACUACGAUUAUGGCAUGAGAGCUGUCAAGUCCGUCCUCACUGCUGCUGGCAACUUAAAACUCAAGUACCCAAAAGAAGAUGAGCCCGUCCUACUGCUCAAAGCUAUCAAAGAUGUCAACUUACCAAAGUUCUUGGCACAGGAUGUUCCACUAUUUGAAGGAAUCAUCUCAGAUUUGUUCCCAGGAGUUUCUCUCCCCAAACCUGACUAUGACAUUUUCCUGGAUGCUCUCAGAGACAACAUUGCUAAGAAACAUCUCCAGCCAGUGCCAUGGUUUAUUGAUAAGAUUAUCCAGGUCUAUGAAAUGAUCCUUGUGCGUCAUGGUCUGAUGAUAGUUGGUGAGCCUCUUGGAGGGAAGACGUGUUCCUACCAGGUGCUGGCAGAUGCCCUCUCUGACCUCCAUGCUGCUGGGAUGAUGGAAGAGAACAAAGUGAUGUACCGCAUUAUCAACCCUAAAGCUAUCACCAUGGGACAGCUGUAUGGAUGCUUUGACCCUGUGUCACAUGAGUGGUCUGAUGGUGUUCUUGCCAACACAUUCAGAGAGUUUGCAGUGAACCCCAGUGAUGACAGGAAGUGGAUUCUGUUUGACGGUCCUGUAGACGCUGUCUGGAUUGAGAACAUGAAUACAGUACUGGAUGACAAUAAAAAGUUAUGUCUAAUGAGUGGUGAGAUCAUACAGAUGAGUAACACCAUGAACCUGAUAUUUGAGCCAGCAGACCUGGAGCAGGCGUCUCCAGCCACAGUCAGCAGGUGUGGUAUGAUCUACCUGGAACCUCAUCAGCUGGGAUGGAAGCCCUCUAAGCAGUCUUAUAUGGAGCAUGAUCUCCCUAAGAACCUGACAGCUGAUGAGUCUGGGAUGGUGAAUGAUUUGUUUGAGUGGCUGCUGGACCCCUGUCUGGAGUUCCUGAGACAUGAGUGCAAGUUCUACAUCAAUACAUCCCAGAUCCACCUGGCCCGCUCCAUGAUGAGGCUGUACACCUGUCUUCUGGAUGAGAUAGCUCUGUCUGGUACUGAGGGACAGGAACAGUUAACUAGCCAACAGAUCACCCUGUGGCUCCAGGGGUUGUUUUUGUUUGCCCUGGUCUGGACUAUUGGAGGGACUUUGACUGGAGACAGCAGGAAGAAGUUUGAUGUCUACUUCAGAAACCUGAUCAGUGGCAGUGAUGAAGCUCACCCUAAACCAAAGAGUGUCAAGAUCACUAAGAACAACUCUUUCCCAGAGCGUGGCACCAUCUUUGACUUUUUCUUUGAGAAACGUGCCAGUGGUAUGUGGAUAGACUGGCUGGACACACUAGAUAAAGGACUGCUCACUGUGCCUCCUGAUGCUAAUGUCAGUGAGCUUAUCAUCCACACUGCUGACACAGCUCGCCAGAAGUUUUUCCUGAACACUUACCUUCACCAUCAGAUCCCAAUGUUGUUUGUGGGUCCUACAGGAACUGGGAAGUCUGCCAUUACACAGAGCCACCUGGUCAGCAUGCCUAAGGAAAAGUACAUUCCCAACUGUAUGAACUUCUCAGCCCGCACCUCUGCCAACCAGACCCAGGACAUCAUUAUGUCCAAACUAGACAGGCGAAGGAAGGGUGUAUUUGGUCCUCCCAUGAACAAGAAGUGUAUAGUAUUUGUGGAUGAUCUGAACAUGCCAGCCAAGGAGAAGUAUGGAGCUCAGCCACCUAUAGAACUGCUGAGGCAGUGGAUAGAUCAUGGUCACUGGUAUGAUGUCAAGGAUACCACUAAACUCUUCCUCACUGAUGUGCUGUUUGUGUCUGCUAUGGGUCCCCCAGGUGGAGGAAGAAAUGACAUCAGCAGUCGGUUCACACGCCACCUGAACAUCAUCUCCAUCGACGAGUUUGAUGACACCACCAUGACCAGGAUCUUCACCUCCAUUGUGGACUGGCACUUUGCCAAGGGGUUCGAGGCCAGUUUCACCAGAGUUGGCAAGAUGAUGGUAGCAGCCACUAUGGGGGUGUACAAGGAGGCCAUCACACACUUCUUACCAACUCCUUCCAAGAGUCACUACGUGUUCAACCUGCGUGAUUUCUCACGUGUCAUACGUGGUGUGCUGCUCAUACCAUCAACGCACAUGCAGGAUACAGACAAGCUCAUGCGCCUGUGGGUGCACGAGGUCUAUCGUGUUUUUUAUGACCGUCUCAUUGACAGCGAAGACAGGCUGACUUUCUUCAACAUUGUGAAGACCACCUGUCAGGAUUACCUGAAAGUCAGUGUGGACAAAAUCUUGAGCCACCUGUCACCCUCUGGCAAGGUGAUAGAUGACCACAUCCGUAGCUUGUUCUUUGGAGACUACAUGGAUGAGCAGAAUAAAGUGUAUGAUGAGGUGACUGACCUCAAGGAGCUCACAAGUACUAUAGAGGGCUACCUGGAUGACUACAACUCCAUCAGUAAGGCUCCCAUGCACCUGGUCAUGUUUAAGUUUGCCAUUGAACACAUAUCCCGUGUCGCACGUGUACUCAAGCAGGAUAACGGGCACGCACUUCUUGUUGGUAUUGGAGGCAGUGGUCGCCAGAGUGCAGCUAAGCUGGCUACAGCCAUGGCAGAGUAUGACAUGUUCAUGAUUGAGAUCACCAAGAACUACAGCAGGAAUGACUGGAGAGAUGACUUGAAAAAGCUCCUCCUGAAGGCAGGCGGUGAUGGCAAACCCACUGUGUUCCUGUUUGCUGACACUCAGAUCAAAGACGAAUCCUUCAUGGAGGACAUUAGUAUGAUCCUGAACACAGGGGAUGUACCCAACCUGUACCCCUCUGAUGAGAAAGCUGAGAUCAUAGAGAAAAUGCAGACAGUGGCCAGAAAUGAGGGCAAGAAGAUGGAUGCUACUCCUCUGGCCAUGUACAACUACUUCAUAGACAGAGUGAAACAGAACCUUCACAUUGUGCUGGCCAUGAGCCCCAUAGGAGACGCCUUUAGAAACAGACUGAGGAUGUUUCCUUCUCUCAUUAAUUGCUGCACCAUUGAUUGGUUCCAGUAUCUUAAAUGUGACAGUGUGUUAGAUGCGACAGUAGUCUAAAAAANUCUAGAGGACAGUGUGAGGACCAGUGUGGUCUUCAUGUGUAAAUAUUUCCAUGAAAGUGUCCGGAAACUCUCAGAAAGAUUUAUGGACGUUCUCCGCAGACACAACUAUGUAACACCCACCUCUUACCUAGAGCUGAUAUUGACCUUUAAGAAACUGCUGGGGGUAAAACAGGAAGAGAUCUUAACACUGAAGAACAGAUACAUUGUGGGUCUUGAAAAGUUGGAGUUUGCUGCCUCGCAGGUCUCAGUGAUGCAGGUAGAACUACGUGAGCUGCAGCCAGAGCUUGUCAAAACAUCAGAGGAAACUGACAAACUGAUGACAAAGAUUGAACAGGAGACAGUGGAUGUGGAGGCCAAGAAAGAGAUUGUUGCAGCUGAUGAGGCUGUUGCUAACAAAGCAGCUGCAGCAGCUCAAGCCAUCAAAGAUGAUUGUGAGAGUGACCUUGCUGAGGCCAUCCCUGCCCUAGAGGCCUCCAUCCAGGCCCUGAAUACACUGAAACCUGCAGAUAUCAGCAUGGUCAAAGCCAUGAAGAACCCUCCCGCUGCAGUCAAACUGGUCAUGGAGUCAGUGUGUGUGAUGCUGGGAGUGAAGGCUGAGAGAAAGCCAGACCCAGGAGGCUCAGGAAAGAUGAUCCAAGAUUUCUGGGGACCCUCUCAGAAACUGCUGGGUGACAUGAAGUUCCUGGAUAGACUGAAGACCUAUGAUAAGGACAACAUUCCACCAGCCAUCAUGAAGAAUAUCAGAGAAACCUAUAUUAGCAACAAGGAGUUUGACCCCAAGUUAAUCAAGCAGGCAUCCACAGCCUGUGAGGGUCUAUGUCGAUGGGUCAAGGCCAUGGAUGUCUAUGACAGGGUGGCCAAAGUGGUGGCACCAAAGAAGGCCAAACUGGCUGAAGCAGAGGGCGAGCUGGCAGUUCAGAUGGAAAAACUCAACACCAAGAGAGCACAGCUUAAAGAGGUGGUAGACAAGCUUCAGGCACUGAAUGAUGAACUGGAGGCAAUGACACAGAAGAAGAAGGAGCUGGAAGACAACAUAGAUCUCUGUGAGAAGAAACUGGACAGAGCAGAGAAGCUGAUUGGUGGUCUGGGGGGUGAAAAGACUCGGUGGACAGAAAAUGCCCGUGUUCUUGGCGCCACCUAUAUUAACAUUACAGGUGAUGUGCUGCUGAGUAGUGCGGUGGUGGCGUACCUGGGGGCAUUUACUGUGGACUUUAGACAGGAUGUGACCAAAGAUUGGCAUGACCACUGUGUGGAGAAGGAAAUCCCAUGUUCUCCAAACUUCUCUCUUAAUGUCACUCUUGGUGAGCCUGUCAAGAUCAGAGCCUGGAACAUUGCUGGCCUUCCAGUGGACAGUUUUAGUGUGGACAAUGGUAUCAUUGUGGCCAACUCCCGUCGCUGGCCACUCAUGAUAGAUCCACAAGGGCAAGCCAACAAGUGGGUGAAGAAUAUGGAGAGGGAAAACAAUAUGAAGAUCAUCAAAUUGUCAGAUCCUGGCUAUGUGAGAACCUUGGAGAAUUCUAUCCAGUUUGGACACCCAGUUCUACUGGAGAAUAUAGGAGAGGAGCUGGAUCCCAUCCUUGAGCCAGUCUUGCAGAAGCUGACCUUCAAAGUUGGUGGUGUGGAGAUGAUGAGACUGGGAGAGAACAUGGUGGAGUACUCUCAGGGCUUCAAGUUCUACAUGACCACCAGGCUGAGGAACCCACAUUAUAUGCCUGAAGUCUCAGUCAAGGUGUGCUUGCUGAACUUCAUGAUCACUCCUAAGGGUCUGGAGGACCAGCUGCUGGGUAUUGUGGCUGCUAAGGAGAAGCCUGAGCUGGAAGAGAAGAAAAAUCAGCUUGUCUUGGAGAGUGCUGCCAACAAAAAGCAGCUCAAGGAAAUUGAGGACAAAAUUUUGGAAGUGCUUUCUAGUUCAGAGGGCAACAUUCUGGAAGAUGAGACGGCCAUCAAGAUCCUGUCCUCCUCCAAGACUCUCUCUGAGGAGAUCUCAGCCAAGCAGGAGAUAGCUAAUGUCACAGAGAAAGAGAUAGAUGAGACAAGGAGCGGGUAUCUCCCAGUGGCUGUUCACUCCUCCAUACUGUUCUUCUGCAUAUCAGAGCUGGCCAACAUAGAACCUAUGUAUCAGUACUCACUGACCUGGUUCAUCAACUUAUACCUACAGUCUAUCAUCAAUAGUGAACCAGCGUCUGAGUUGGAGGAAAGAAUUCAUAACCUCAAUGACCACUUCACCAACAGUAUAUAUCGUAAUGUCUGCCGCUCACUGUUUGAAAAGGACAAGCUGCUCUUUUCUUUUGUGCUCAGCAUUGGCAUUCUGAAUGGAAGUGGUAAGAUAGAUGACCAAGUAUGGCGUUUCCUGCUGACUGGUGGUGUUGGUAUGGACAACCCUCACCCCAAUCCUGCCCCAGAGUGGCUCACAGAGAAAUCAUGGUCAGAGAUUGUCAGGGCAUCAAACCUACCCAAUCUACAGGGCCUCUUUGAACAUGUGCGUGACAACAUUGGUGAGUGGAAGAAGAUGUAUGACUCCCCCAACCCCCAUGAGUUCAAGUAUCCAUCCCCCUAUGACACCCUGGGGGGUCUGGAUAAGAUGGUGGUCCUCAGGGUAUUACGUCCAGAUAAGAUUGUACCUGCUGUUCAGGAGUUCAUUGUAGACAAUCUGGGCCAGUCCUACAUAGAGCCUCCGACCUUUGACCUGGCCGGGUCAUUUGCUGACUCCCAUUGCUGUGCCCCCCUGAUCUUUGUGCUGUCCCCAGGGGCGGACCCCAUGGCUGCUCUGCUGAAGUAUGGGGAGGACAGAGGCUACUCCACGGGGAACAAUAAGAUUCAGACCAUUUCUCUGGGACAAGGACAGGGUCCCAUUGCUGCCAACAUGAUAGACAAUGCUAUCAAGGAUGGGAGCUGGGUUGUCUUGCAGAACUGCCAUCUAGCAACUAGUUGGAUGCCCAAACUGGAGAAGAUUUGUGAAGAGACCAUAAUUCCUGAGAGCACAAACCCAGAUUUCCGUCUUUGGUUGACCAGUUACCCCUCCAAUGACUUCCCUGUGGCCAUAUUACAGAAUGGUGUAAAGAUGACCAAUGAACCUCCUAAAGGAUUGAGAGCUAAUCUACUGAGGUCAUACCUCAAUGACCCCAUCUCUGACCCUGCCUUCUUCAACAGCUGUAACAAGCCUGAGAAGUGGCACAAGAUGCUGUUUGGGCUGUGUUUCUUCCAUGCAUUGGUCCAGGAGAGGAGGAAGUUUGGUCCUCUAGGAUGGAACAUUCCCUAUGAGUUCAAUGAGUCUGACCUCAGGAUCAGUAUGAGGCAAAUGCUGAUGUUCCUGAAUGACUAUGAGGAGCUCCAGCUGCAGGCCCUCACCUACCUAACUGGAGAGUGUAACUAUGGAGGCAGGGUCACUGAUGACAAAGACAGGCGUCUGCUGGCUAAUCUGCUCUCCAUAUUUUACAAUGAGGACAUCAUCUUUGAUGACAAUUACAAGUUCUCUCCCAGUGGUAUCUACAGUGCUCCACAGGAAGGCCAGUAUCAGAGUUAUAUAGACUACAUCCGCAGUUUGCCACUGAAUGUGAACCCUGAAGUGUAUGGCCUCCAUGAAAAUGCUGACAUCACUAAAGAUAACCAAGAGACCAACCAGCUAUUUGACAAUAUUCUACUGACCUUACCCAGGCAGAGUGGUGGGGGAGGCAAGUCCUCUGAGGAGAUGAUUGAAGAUCUAGCUGCUGAUGUUCUGGGAAAACUACCACAAGUCUACAACUUAGAGAAGGUAAUGGAGCAGUAUCCAGUAUUGUACACAGAGUCUAUGAAUACUGUACUCAGACAGGAACUUAUUCGCUUCAACAGACUUAUUGUGGUUGUGCGAGAAUCAUUACAGAAUCUACGCAAAGCUAUCAAGGGUUUGGUGGUGAUGUCCUCAGAGUUGGAGGAAGUAUUUGACAGUAUGUUAAUAGGCAAGGUGCCCUCUGUGUGGGCAGCCAAGUCCUAUCCUUCCCUCAAACCACUGGGCAGCUAUGUAGCAGACUUACUGCAGAGACUCAAGUUUCUUCAAGACUGGAUAGACAUGGGAAUUCCAAAAGUAUUCUGGAUCUCUGGCUUCUAUUUCACUCAGUCAUUCUUGACAGGUGUGAGUCAGAACUAUGCCAGGAAGUAUAAGAUCCCUAUUGAUAUGUUAAACUUUGAGUUUGAGGUGACCCGAGAAGAGAAAGAGAUGGAGGAAAAGCCAGAAGAUGGUGCAUAUGUCAAUGGUCUGUUCCUGGAGGGAGCACGCUGGGACAGAGAGAAGAUGCUGCUGGCGGAAUCACACCCCAAGAUUCUGUUUGACACUCUGCCAGUCAUCUGGCUGAAGCCUGCCAAGAUGGACAGCAUUGUGGUAGAGAACAGCUAUACCUGUCCAGUGUACAAGACCAGUGCUCGCAGAGGGACACUGUCCACUACAGGUCACUCCACUAACUUUGUCCGCUAUAUUGAGUUGCCCUCUGACAGGCCACAGAAACACUGGAUCAAUAGGGGCGUGGCCUCCCUCUGCCAGCUAGAUGACUAAAUCUUCUCUACCACAAUAUCACUGAGUACAACUACAGCAAUUGCUUUACCAAAAACAAUAUCAGAGACUACUAGUAAUGAAGAUACACUGAAAAUUUUGAUUUUGAUAAAUAAUUGCUCAUUCCAAUUAAAUAUUACAAAGAACAAAUUUUAAAAUG